UUUAGACAUCGUCGAAGGUACGGUUAAAAAACAUGCAAACUAAACUGGUCAUGUAUCCUGUUCAUAUCCUGUAAGAGACAAGUUUAUUUGUAAUUUACUUAGUUGUUUUGUGGUUGUAUCUAUUCGUAUCGGCUAAACUAGGAUGCACACCGUAGCGAUACGGGCUGGGCAGACAUGGAGGUCCGAUUAACGAGAGAGGCCCGUGCUGACACAUCCAGGCCUAGCUAACGGCAUGUCGGAGUGGAUAUCGGAGCAUCUCGGGAGUUAUUACGGACACCAGCUGCUCACUUGGAAGAUAAAAGGAUGCAUGUGACAAGCUAGCGAGCAUACUAACCAGGAGGGCUGACAUUUGAACUUAAAUUAGCGCCCUUGGUAAGCGGAACAAGGUGUCAGUGUUCCUUCUUGUGCUAAUUUCAAUACCUAUGAUCGUGGCACAAACUACAACCACGCCACACAAGGUAAAAGAAAUCGUGGCACUACCACUUCCUGAGGACUGUGAUGAUGUCUUCAGAAAUGGCUCCACACACAGUGGGGUGUACACUGUCUAUCCUCGAGGGUACAACCAGGCUGUCCAGGUGUACUGUGAGAUGGACUGUGAGAAUGAUGAGCACAAAGGAGCAUGGACAGUGCUGCAGAGGAGAAUGGAUGGCUCUGUGAACUUCUACCAACCCUGGAAACAGUACCAGACAGGCUUUGGAAAUAUUUCUGGAGAACACUGGCUGGGACUGGAUCACAUCUUUGCUAUUAGUUGGCAAAAGAAGUACAUGUUGAAGGUGGAAAUGGAAGAUUUUGAGGGAGGAAGAGUCCAUGCCUGCUACGACUCCUUCUCUAUCGAUCCUGAGUCUGAUGGAUACAAGCUGCAUAUUGGCAAAUACAUAGAUGGAGGUGCAGGUGAUGAUCUGAUAGCUUCCAACGGGAGAACAUUUUCCACGUUUGACUUUGGAGUUUAUCGUUAUAAUGCUGAAAGAUAUAAUGGAGGAUUCUGGUUCACCUACCAUGUUUACGCAAACCCCAAUGGCUUGUACAAAUGGGGACAUCACUCAUACCGAGAUACAGGUGUCAUAUGGCGCUUUUGGAAAGGGUCCUCUUACUCUUUGAAAAGCAUCACCAUGAAGAUCAAACCUCUGUCUCUGGAAGACACACACUCCUCCAACCCCAUCAAUCUUCAUUACUAAUCUCAAUGGGUCCAACUAUGGCUUUGUCAUGAAGAUUAUUGCAUGGGAGUCCUUACUGUGGUAAUUUUAGGAUAUCAAAUGAAGAUGAUUAACAUGAUUUGAUGAUUUAAUUUCUCUCCUUUUCAGAAUUACACUCACCAAGGCCACUCUUGCCUUGGCUUCUGUGUUUGUAAUCACCUGA